UGAUAGCCAAGCACUUCGUUUGCAGAUGUGGUCUUUGGCGCUUCCUACAGAUGUGCCAGCUUGAUUCCUACCAAGCCCUACCAAGCAAGAGUUAAUACUCUCCCCAUUUCACAGAGGGGGAAAUUGAGGCACAGGGGGCAAAACGUGGGAUGCAGGAACCUAGAACCCCUACUCCUUUCUUGGGCUUGAUGGGAUGGACCAGCCCCUGGAGGGGGUCCAACCCCUCCCAACGGGCUGGGAAGCCACGGCCAGGCUGGGCGGAACCGUGGGUGUCCCUGGCGCCCCAAGGUGCCAAUUAAAUAUUCGUGGCCGUCUGGGGCCAGAGCUGUGCACCGCGGCAUGGCCGAGCCGGGACCGGAGCCCGGGCGUGCCUGGCGGGUGCUCGCCCUAUGCGGGGUGGCCGUGUUCCUGGCUGCGGCAGCAGCCGGCGGGGCCCUGGUAGCCUGGAAUCUGGCCGCCUCGGCUGCUCGGGGACCUCGCUGCCCGGAGCCAGGGGCCAAUGCCACGGCGCCGCCCGGGGACCCGCCGCCUGGGGUCGACGAUCUGCGGCGCCGGCUGGCAGAGGCUGCCGAGCGGGAGGAGGCCCUAGCCAGGCAGCUGGACCAGGCGGAAAGUAUCCGGCACGAGUUGGAGAAGGCAUUAAAGGCCUGUGAAGGCCGCCAGAGCCGGCUUCAGACCCAACUAACGACACUGAAGAUUGAGAUGGACGAAGCCAAGGCACAGGGGACCCAGAUGGGGGCUGAAAACGGGGCGCUGACAGAGGCCCUGGCGCGCUGGGAGGUGGCGGCCACGGAGUCUGCGCGGCGGCUGGACCAGGCUCUGCGGCGCGCAGGCGUGGCGGAGGCCGAGGGCGAAGCCUGUGCGGCCCGGGAGGCGGCGCUGCGCGAACGCUUUAACGCCCUGGAAGCCGAGAUGAGCCCCCAGCGCAGAGUGCCCCGGCCGCGUCCCCGCUCGGGGUCCCGACCCCGGGCCAGCUCUCGCUCGCGCUCUCGCUCCGGGCCCUCCGGGGGCUGCCGGCGGCCGGCGCGGCGCGCACGAGGACUUACAGAAAAUUUGGUAGAUUAA